AGAUGUAGCCUUGUAAUGGGUUAUGUCUCAUUAUGUGUGCCUGUUUUCUCUCAGGAGAGGAAGCUGUGUGCCUAUCCCAGGCUGGAGAUCUACAAAGGAGACCAAAUACAUUUUCUGUGUCCCCUUGCCCGCCAAUGGGACUUCUACGUGCCUGAAAUGAAAGAGAUUGAGAGGAAGAGCCGAGCAGCAGUUGCCGAGACUGAAGAUGCCCAGACAGACAUCACAGGGGCUGACACCCUGAGUGAGACGAGUUCUAUCAGCCUGGAGGCCACGACUGACAGCCGAGAGACCUCCGUGGCCACCUCCAUCCUGUCACCAUUCACAGCUGGCCACGGCCGGGAUGAGACAGACAAUCGCAGUGAGCACAGCUACAGUGAGUCGGGGGCCAGCGGCUCCUCCUUUGAGGAGCUGGACCUGGAAGUCAGUGGGGAUGGCGAUAGCUCAGCAGUGCUACCUUCUGAACUGAGCUACACAGAGGACCAGGAGAGCAUGAAGACCAAGUGGACCAAGGAGCCUAUUGCCUUGGAGAAGGAGAGAGGAGAAGAAUAAAGCAGAGUUCUUCCAGCUUCCUUGCCUUUAGUAGGGAUUGUAAUCACAGAGAACUGAUUGCGUGUCCUGUUUUCUUUCUCUCCAACCAAGAGAUUUCAGUCACUGAUUCUUAUUGAGACCUGCUCCCUGCUCUCUGCAGAUGGGCACUUUGAGUGGUAGAGAGAAGGACGGUUAUACCAAGGGGAAUUGUUGCUGGGAGCUGUUCUGCAGUAGCCAUUCACCAGCAUAUGUAUUACAGCAGAGAGCUGGGGGGCGGAGGUGCAGUCUGUUUGAUGAGCAGUGAAAUGUACUUGCAGUUUGUGUGUCUGUAAAUGCACAGUGAGCUCUGCACAAGCCAGUGGAUGUGUGUGUGUGGACAGCCCAGGUCCUCUCCCCACCCCCACACCCAGCCCCUUCCUCUCCUCCAGGCAGCCUGUUUCUCUGUCACACAGACACAUAUUUACUGGCACCAAAGAGCAAACAAUGGUUUUGUUCCAUAAAAAUGAAAGGUACAAUGUAAAAUUGCUGUUCUGAAGCUGACAUCAGAGCGUUCGGGAUCUGUAAUAAAGUGAAUGCUUUUGCUCUGAGUUUUGCGGGUUUGAGGGUAGGGGUCACGGGGCUGUCUCUGGAAGUGUUGGUUCUUGUCCUUUUUCACAUUUAGCUGGACUGUCCCUGUACUUCAAACUUUCUCUGCUCUCAAAUUAUUCUACCUUGUAGAAGACCUGGCUUUCCCUGCUGAUUGGAGCUGGAGACAUUACUCUUGUUAGGAGCAGCUUGGGGUCUAAGUGAAAUUCAUUGAGGCCUUUCAGUACACACAAGCCUACACCAGUGAUAGCAUCCUCACUAGGGGCAUUGACUUGCUGCCACUUGACUUGGACUGAAAGAGUCGGGGAGACCAAGCUCCUCUUUCUGUGUUAGAAGAUGUCCCUCUGGGCAAGGGUAAAGCAUGCUGGCGGAGGCAGCAAAGAGAAGCUUGCCUUGCCACCUCAUGUGUUCCACCUACGGGGGAAUAGAGGGUUUAUCUCUCCAUCUGCCAAUCUUCACUUCCAUGACCUCAAACACAAUUAGACUAAACUGUCCCCUUACCACCCAAGACUCUCUCCUCUGAGGGUUCAAAUCUUGUUCUGGCAGCUCUCUGCUCUGCUUUCCUAUUCCCACUUUUUUUCCUGCCUUCUUUAGAGCCAGACCAGGUCCCAGGCUAGAGAAUGAGAAUGACACUUUGCAUCAUCUUUACAGCCUCCUUGAAGGCUUUCACAUGUUUUUUGGUGGGGAGCAGGGUGGGAUGGGCAGGGAGCUGCUGCAUAGUAUUCUUAGGGGUAAUUGUGGGGAACAUAGUUCUUCCCUGGUUAUACUGUAGAUGCCUGGAUGGGGUGCUGUGGUAUAGAAGAGAUUGUCUGUGUGGGAGCCAGUCCAAGAUGUGGUUUUCCUGUGCAGAAGGUUUAUAGACAGAAUGCUGUAUGUACAUGUAGAAAUGGGGAGGGUAUUCAGGGCUAUUGCAAUGGUUUCCCAGCACUGGGGGGUUAUGCAUAGGAUCUGUAGAUAUACUUCAGAGCUAGGGCAGAUUCACACAUACACACACGUGCACACAGAGUAUUGGGAUAUCUCAGUGCUGGUGAUUCUCAGAUGCACUAAUGCAGUGUUGCAGACACAGUUUGGUGCUGGAAGUGUGCUCAUUCAGUGCUGGGGUGUAGUGGUGGGGGGAGAAUGUAGAGGUAGAUGCAGAUUUCAUAGAGGCUGUUGCUGAGUGGAGCUUAUGUACUGCUCUCCCACUGCCAGAGGUUCCCAGGUGCUGAGCUGAAAGCUUUCACAGUGGCAUGCAUCACUGUAGAUCAGAUUUUAUAUCAUAGCAUAUCCUUUAGCUUGUCACCGAAACCCAAGCAAUGCUGGGGAUGCAGCCUGUAGACUGAACUGGGUCAGCCUGGUGACCCAGACCCUAAUCUGCAUUGAGGGUCAAAGGAGGCACUGGUCAGGAUGCAUUCCUGGCUAAGGCUCUUGUAUGGAUAUAGAGUAGUAUAGAGUGGAGACAACUUGGAACUGAGAUCAGUGAAAAAUGAUCUGUGGAGACCCUUAGCAUUUUCAGAGCUCUGUUCUCUUGACUGGAUGGAGACAUCCAGAGAGAGGAGGGAGAGGGCAGGAGGGAGGCUUGAAAGUCCCAAUCUUCCCUCCUGCCAAUAUGCUCUUCAGCUCAUGUCCUCCCUGUAGGAGCCCCAGAUCAAUGACUUGCUCAGUGUUUGUCAGUGGACCUAGAUCCAUGCAGCAUGAAUGGAGUUCAGCACCCAGCAGUCUUCAGCCUUGCCUUGUGCCUCAGCAUCGACCCAGUCUGCAGAGAAAUCGAUGGUGACAGUUAGCAAAAUGACCUGCUUGCCCCGCUCAGCCCAGCUGGCAGCUCGGCCCCCUCCCCAAACGCUCCCACUGAACCUUUCCUCUCCUCUGUGCACUUGCUGCUGUUCUUGCUGCUCCAAGUCCAUUGAUCACCAUUUCCACUGAGACUGUUACAUUUUCAUCCUUCCAGGGGGUGUUGUGCAGAGCAGCCCACAGUCAGACUGUGGCUGCCAUCCUGUCCAUUGUGUGUCAUCACCAUCCACUGCAUUUCAGGCUGUCUCCCAUUUACUGUGAGCACCUGGGUGGGAAGCCCCACCUCAAAAUCCACAGAGGCAGAAGGCUGCUCUGUCUGCAUCUCAUCUCCCCACAGAGGUCCCAGCAUCCAGAAGCUGGAGCAGAUACAUAUUCUGAACACAGGGACUUGGUUGGGCACUAACCUUUUGGCACCCAGGGGAUUUUCUUAUGUGGCAUCACCAUGGACAUAUUGGUGGGAGCUCCCAGGGCAUAUGGGACCUCUGGGAUGUCUGCACCUGCCCAUGGUGGUGGGUUUCUUGAGCCUGGUUAGGUCUGUGGACUUACUUGAGCAUCAUCAGGCACUGCUACUUGGCAUCCAGUGACUUCCUUUGGGCACACUUGGGACUUCAAUGAGCAGGACCUCAUGCUGCCAGCCUUAGGGGAGUGUUUACACCAGAGACCUCAGACAGUUUCAAAGCCUGUGAGAACAAAACGUGUGCGCGUGUCUGUAUAUACGUGGCAGGUGUGUACCUGUUUCUGUGAGCAUGUGUGUAGGGGAGCUUUUUUGUGUGCAGGUAUGUGUGCAUGUUUCUAUGCAUGCAUACAGGUGCAUGUAAAUAGGCAGGAGGGGGUGAAUGUGGCCCUGUGUUUUUAUGUGCACCUGUAUGCAAGGCUAUAUGCCUAUCUGUAUCUACAUGUGCAGGCAUAUGAGCCUAUAUGCAAGGUAGUGCAUCCAUGUUCCUGUGUCCAGGAAGGUAAGUUUAUGUUCAUGAAGUCACGGGCACCCAUGCAUAUCUGUACACACCUCACUGUGUCUGUGUACACAUGUCUGUAUGAGUGUAUGCAGUCAAGCUCCCCAUCUCUCUCCAGCAAGGAGGGCUGCUGCAAGUGCCCAGAGGAAGCAACAGCAAGAAGCUUCGGCUGGACAAGACAAUACCCUUCCCCCAGGUUUGGCUGAGGUACCACACGACCAUCCCCUUGCUGCAUGUUGCAUGGGGGGCUGUAAAGGAAAAAAGGAAGUUUGCUCCAUUUCACAGUAAUGGCAGCUUGUCUGGGAAUCCUGCUGUGAGGUGGGGGGAAGGGGAGAGCUGUCAGAGCUCGUGUCUUGUCAUUUGGAAACAAAUCCUGCUUUACAGUGGUGCAUGUGUGUGUGCAUUCAGCCCUCCAUACCUGCCUGGCCACUGUGUUCACCUAAGGCCUUCCCUAUAUGUGUACAUGUGUGGAUGCUGUGUAUGACACAGAUACACAUGUAUGAGUAUGGAUGUGUAAGUACAUGGAAGAGCAGGUGUGUAGGGGUGUGGAUAGGGGGUGCAUGAGCACAGCCAUAUACCAAUGUAUGCAGUCUCAUUUGGCAGAGCACUCGGGGGAACCCGUGUAUCCUGGAGGCUUGAGUGCAUGGGGCAGGUACAGUGUGCCUGCAUGCUGGCCCAGGCAAGCUACUCCCUCCCAGCCCUGACACCCCAUGGCUCUCCUUUCUCUUUUGGAGGGGGAGCAACAACUGUCCUGCUGCUGCCCAAAUGCUCCCUCUGCAGUUGAAGUCAUGGGCCUGCCUUUGUCAUGAGGAAUGGCCAGGGAUUGCCCUGUCCCACGGUGGGAGGAGGAGCUGGAGGGAGCAUCCAAGCAGUGCUGGCCUCCAGUGACCUCCUCCGGGUCAUCAGCUUCCUCCCACCAGAAGCUACCCGGGCAGCGGGGUGGGAGGACACAUGCAGCUGCCCCCAGUGCAAGUCCUUCCUCUGGAGCAGCCAGGGAUGCUGCUCUCUCAACAUAAGGUCCAGCAGCCAAAGACAGCACCAGCCCCCUGGUAAAACCACUGCUGCCCAGCCCUGGAGAGCACACCUUGUGGGGAUGGGAGCCCUGGAGCCUGAACCAGGGGGAGGGAGAAAGACCAGUGCAGUCCAUCCCAACCUCCCCCUGGAGAAGGGGUAUUUGAGGGGUCAUUGAGUAAGACAGGCCUCCCCUAUCAUAUGCUAGAAAAGAGUUAAGUUUAGGGGCCUAUUGUCAGGAACCUGGCAGCAGGCAAACCAAUUAGCCCCCAGCUGGCCCUGGAUACCGGGCUGGGCCUGACUGCCAGUGGCCUAAUGACCUCCAGCUGGCCCUCAGCUGCCUGCUUAUAAGAAGCAUCUUGUUCACUGCCAGCAGGCUGCUCAACAGGACAGGUGUCUCUUUGACUGGUUUUGGACUGCUGAUUCCUUGUUCCUCAUUCUGUUUCCUGCCUGCUGACUCCUUCCAGAUCCCACCCUAGAUCCCUUUGCUCCAGACUGACCUGGCUCCAGCCCAGUCCUUUGUAUGCUAACAGCCAGCUUGUGGCUUGUCACUUUAGUGAUCACCUGUUGUGUCUUACUGUGUUUUCCUUGCACUGUCCCAUGAAGGGCAAAGCCCUCCUGUUCAGCACUGCAGGGUUCAGUUGCUUGCGGCAGUUUCGCAGCACUGGGGACUCCCUGUUCUCUGCCAUGAGUAGCCAGAGGUUUUCUUGUUUCCUCUCCCUCCACAGGACUGGGCUGGGUCAAGUCAGAGGCAGAGCAGGUAGAAGGUCUGUAUACAUGUAUUGAUGCAACUGUUAAGAUCCACCAUGGAUAUGAUUCCAGAGAGUUAUAAUAAUAAAUUACUAUUAG